AUGGGAAAACUUCUUAAAAGAUCCUCAAGAAAUAGUAAUAAAACUGAAAUAAUCUAUACUUCUCAACAAGCAAAAAAAAUUGAGGAAGAAGAAACUCAAACGCCAGCAACAAUCACUGGCGACACUUCUGACAGCGAGGGUGAUAAUGCUGUAGAAACAGAUAAUGAAGAACAGGCUUUCAGUCGUGAUGAGUCCGUUGAAAUGGUAAAUAAUGAAGAAAGUGUUUUUAAUAAUUCUGAUAUAAAUUCUUCGUCCGUUAUAAAUAAUGAAAAGCAAUUACUUCGUGUAAUAACUGUAGAAUCUAAUGAUCGUUCUUUGGCGUUAUCACUUGACACGGAGUAUACAUCACAAUCCUUGACUGUUAAUGCGAAUGUUAAAAGCGUCACGAUCAUUCCAAUACCAACACAAAAACAUGUGCGUAUGAAUGUUCUGCAUAAUGGUCAAAGACGGGUAAAGCCUUAUAGGACUUCAGAGCCUAAUAGCGUAGCAAUGACAUCACACACUUACGUUGUAUCAUUGAGGGAAGGGCUAAAUUUAAUUGACAUUUGGAUCAGACCUUUCAGAGAUAAUGAUUUUCGAAAGGAGAAAAAACCAAAGAGAAAAAGUAGAAGAUUGGCGGCUGAAGAGGAUAUAGAUGAUGGUGAAUCAAGAGCUAUUGAUAAAGGAAAAAUGAAAGAGUAUGUUGAAAGAGAAGACAAUGCAGAAGGCACCGAUCCAGAUAAUUCGGAAAUAAUGCACUCUGACGAAGAGGAUGAUUAUAAUUUGGAGUAUAGUCAAAAAUAUGAACUCUUCAUUACAAGAUUAGAAAUGAACGUUGCAAAAUAA